AUGUACCCAGAUUACAUCUUCCGUCGCAGGUUUAGGAUAAAACGUGACCUAUACCUCAAGAUUGUACAGGCAGUUGCUGACCAUGACCCGUGGUUCCAACAGAGAAGGAAUGCUGCAGGAGAGCUCGGCCUGUCGGCGUUGCAAAAAGUCACUGCGGCGUUUCGUAUGCUCGCGUACGAUGCUCCUGCCGAUUCUCUCGAUGAGUGCCUCCGGCUAGGGGAGGCCACUAUCAUUGAGAGUAUGAGGCGGUUUGUGCGAGCCGUCGUCGGGGUAUUCAGCGACGAGUACCUCCGUGCUCCGAACGAGGAGGACACCGCGCGCUUGAUUGCUAUAAACGAGCGAAGAGGGUUCCCCGGGAUGCUUGGAAGCAUCGACUGUUCGGUAAACGACAUCAACGUUCUGCACCGCUCGCAUCUCCUCGACAAUCUUGCCGCUGGCGUGGCCCCCCAGGUACAAUACUCCAUUAACGGACAUGCCUACACCAUGGGGUACUACCUUGCAGACGGUGUCUAUCCGGAAUGGGCCACCCUCGUGAAGCCUAUUACUUGUCCAGUUGGGAGGAAGCGGCAACACUUCGUCGUUCAGCAGGCGGCGUUACGGAAGGAUGUCGAACGGGCCUUCGGGGGUCCUAUAGUCUCGGUUUCCCAUAGUCCGGGGGGCUACGAGGAUAUGGGAUGA